UCCACCCCUCUCAUCUCGACCUCCGAGUCCCCCUUGCGCCCCCUCACCCCUGCCGCUCCGAUUCCCCGCGUCCCGGCGUCCACACCACCCGGAAGGAUGCGCUGUGCGCCAACAGCCGGAGCAGCCCUGGUGCUGUGCGCCGCCACCGCCGGGCUGCUGAGCGCGCAGGGCCGCCCGGAGCCUCCCAAGACGCCGCGCUUCGCCUCCUGGGACGAGGUGAAUGUGCUGGCGCACGGGCUCCUUCAGCUCGGCAACGGGCUACGCGAGCACGUGGAGCGCACCCGUGGGCAGCUGGGCGAGCUGGAGCGGCGUCUGGGCUCGUGCGGGGCCGCCUGCAAGGAUCCUGAGGGGUCAGCCGCGCCUCCGUUCGCCCCGGAGAAUCUGGUCCCUCCCGGCGGCGACGCAAUCCCGGAGACCAUCCGCAGCUUUCAGACUCAGCUCAAGGCUCAGAACAGCAGGAUCCAGCAACUCUACCAGAAGGUGGCCCAGCAGCAGCGGCACCUGGAGAAGCAGCACCUGAGAAUCCAGAAUCUGCAGAGCCAGAUGGGCCACUUGGCCCCCAUGCACCUGGGCCACAGGGUGGCCAAGCAUGCCAGGAGGAAGAGGCUACCCAAGAUGGCCCAGCUUGCUGGCCCAGCUCACAAUAUCAGCCACCUGCACAGACUGCCCAGGGACUGCCAGGAACUGUUUGAAGAGGGAGAGAGGCAAAGUGGAUUGUUCCAGAUCCAGCCCCAGGGGUCCUCUUCAUUCCUGGUUAACUGCAAGAUGACCUCAGAUGGAGGCUGGACUGUAAUUCAGAGGCGCCAGGAUGGCUCAGUGGACUUUAACCAGCCCUGGGAAGCCUACAAGGAUGGCUUCGGAGACCCCCAAGGUGAGUUCUGGCUGGGCCUGGAGAAGGUGCACUGCAUCAUGGGGGACCGUGGCAGCCGCCUGGCUGUGCAGCUGCAGGACUGGGAGGGCAAUGCCGAGUCAUUGCAGUUCCCUGUCCACCUGGGUGGGGAAGACACAGCCUACAGCCUGCAGCUCACGGCGCCCGUGGCCAGCAAACUGGGUGCCACCACCUUCUCACCCAGUGGCCUCUCCCUGCCUUUCUCCACUUGGGACCAAGACCACGACCUCCGCGGAGACAAGAACUGUGCGAAGAGCCUCUCUGCUUUAUUGAGAUGUAGUUAACAUACAACAGGACUCCUCUGAUGGUGCAGUGGUUAAGAAUCCGCCUGCCAAUGCAGGGGACACUGGUUCGAGCCCUGGUCCAGGAAGAUCCCACAUGCCGCAGAGCAACUAAGCCCAUACUAAGCCUGCGUUCUAGAACCUACGAGCCACAACUACUGAGCCUGUGAGCCACAACUACUGAAGCCCACGUGCCUAGAGCCCGUGCUCCACAACAAGAGAAGCCACUGCAGUGAGAAGCCUGCACACGCCAACGAUGAGUAGGCCCUGCUCACCACAACUAGAGAAAGCCCACGUGCAGCAAUAAAGACCCAACGCAGCCAAAAAUAAAUUAAUUUUAAAAAAACAUAAAACGUUGUGUAAGUUUAAGGUGUACGACAUGUUGACUUGAUACACAUAUACUGCGAAAUGAUAAGCACCCUAGCAUUAGCCAAUGCCUCCAUCACAUCACACAAUUACCUUUUCCUUUUUGGUGGUGAAAACAUUGAAGAUCUACUCUCUUAGCAGCUUUCAGGUACACAGUACAGUGUUACUUGUAAUCACCAUGCUGUCCAUUAGAUCCCCUAAAUCUUCAACUUCCUUUGAAAUGCAUCAAAAAAUUAGAUGACGGGUGGCUAGAGAAAAGGAUAUGCGAUAAAGCAAAAUGUUAAUAGUGCAAUCUGGGUCUGGGUAUUCUCUGUACAAUUCUUUCUGUUUUUCUAAAUGUUUAAAAAAAUUCACAAUGAAAUGUAUGUAGGGAAGAAAAUCCUAACGAGAUCCUGUUGCCUUCUAAAGGCUCUCAUCCUUCAUCUGAGCUCAAAAAGGGAGAUGAGGAUUAGAUAAUUGUUGAAGAGAUAUGAGCAAGAGAGAGUGAGCCUCUCUCCUUGAUGGGUAAUAAAAGUGUUCAAGAAUUGAAAAAGGGAGAGGGAUAAAUUAGGAGUUUGGGAUUAGCAUAUACACA